UCUCCUUUUGUUCCUUUCUUCCUCCAUCGACAAUUCUCAUUCGCUUCCUCGAGACUUUUAUUUCUUCCUCUUUUAUUUACACAGAAUGUCCGAAGCAUUAGAUGACUGGGAACAAGCAGAGGAGUACGAUAUUAAAGCACCAGUCGCAGCAUCAAUAGCGACACCAUCAACCAAGAAAACACAGAUACCCUCAUCAAUAUUAGCAAGAUCAUCAUUAUCAUCAUCAUCGCCAUCGUCAACACCAACAUCAGCAUCAGCAUCAGCAGUGUCAACAGCCCCUAAUAAUACAACUAUUGCAAAACGAGGAGAUUUUAAGCCUAUUUUACUCCGCAGAGACAGCCCUUCAGAUUUUGAUUUAUCAGAUCAAACCAUUGUAGAUUCAGAGAAUGAUAGUCGGACCUUACAUGAACGAAAUCGUGCCCUGUGGGACAAAGCAAACUCGUAUGAGCAACCCAUCAUUUCAAGAGCUGACAAUACAAGAACGGAAUAUGUUCCCGAGAUCAAGAUCUUGAGGCGACCCAAGAGUCCUGUUCAUGAAGACAUGGCCAAAAUUCAACUUCAACAACAGAUGAAAGCCAAGACCUUGGCUCAACGUGAGGCUGAUUACAAUGCAGCACGUGAAAAGAUCUUUGGCACUUCCAACAACAACAAUAGCAACAAUAAUACCUGUAACAAUGACAAUGACAAUGGCAAUAACCUCAACAGUAAUAUUAACAAUAAUGGCUAUGCAAAUCGACAUUUGGAUCAGAAACAUGAUUUGAAAGGUUCACCCAACGGGUCACGGUCUUCUUCGGUCUCACGCUCAGGAUCACGCUCAGGAUCAUCAUCACCACUGCCAUUACCAUCUGCAAGUACAGGAGGAGAAGGAGCAGGAGUAGGAGGAAGUCGUCCAGGAUAUUUCAGUAAUAGGCCCAUAGAGUUCAAAGGCGUGCCCCCGACAUUCAAACUUGCCCAAAAAGUUUCAGCUGUCUCAUUACAGGACGACUCUAGUUUAAAUAUUAAAAACAGCCGCGGCAGUGGUGGCUAUAAUGUGAUCCGGCAGCCACAGGGACCUAGUAGCUCCCCACAGCAGCAUUCAAAGCCGUUCAGAGGAGGAGGAGGAGGUCGUGGAAAUCGUGGCGGCAUGCGAAGAGGUGGUAAUAUGCGUCAGGAAGAUACAUUUAGUGGAAAUAACGGCAAGGUUGACAAUUCAGGACAUAAAGAAACGGGUGGAUCUGUAGGUUUUAGGAGACCUCUUCAAGGAGGUCUUCCUCGUCCUCCAUCAUAGGAAGAGCAUAUAUGCCCCAUCUUUGCUCAUUCGAGACAAGGCCAUUAAAAAUAUUUUAUUUUAUGGAUAUAGACCACACAUUUUAUUUCAAAAAGAACCAUAGAUGAUUGAAUGAAAUAGAUAAACAAAAAUGAUACCAAUGCAAACAAAAUUUUUUUUACUC